CUGAGGAGUAGGUCGCCCAAGCCAUUGGGUGGAGCAGCAGCGUCGCGUGCUGCGGAAUACAUUCAGUAGGUCGUUAACGCUGCGCGCGGUUUGGUUGCAGAUGCAGGUCGCUGAGUGUGAGCGCGAGGCGGGGGGAAAUGGCGAACAGGCGCGGGCGGCGGUGCGCCUUGUGAGGAUACAGUAGACUCCGGGAGCGGAGGCAGGCGGCAGCUCGAGGACAGACGGGAGAAGGAGAAGAACCAUGGAGGACUCGGAGCCCGCAGAGGACGGCUUGCUCGCGGGCUUGCGGUGGAAUCGGAGCGCACGAGACCAGGCACAACUCAAACACAAAAUCCGGGAUCUGCCAGGGCUACUCAAGCACGGGCUGCACCUGCGGAAGAAGAGCCAGUCACCUGACACUAUCCCUGGACCGAGCACUGGACCUACUGUACACAAGUCUUGCUCCCAGAGUUUCCCAUGUGCUGGUCGGGCUGUGAGGAAUGCUUUCCUCUCUCACGGACCAUACCCAGCUAAAGACAAGAUACACCUGGCCAGAAUCAUACGGCACAGCUAUGUGGGUGUGGAGCUGGUGCAGUGGCUGUGCGAACAGUGUGUGUACGUGCGCUGUCGGACCACCGCUGUGCGUGUCUGGCAGGUGCUGCUGGAGCUGGGAGUCCUGCUGUCUGUGGACCAGCGGGUGGUGUUUUCGGACUCAAACUCAUACUACCAGUUCAGCUUUGAGGAGUGUGACUCCGCCUCCUGUGAGUUUCGCUCCAAUGAGGGGGAGUGGCCUGAGGCUGUUAGGCUCCUCCUACAACUCGCCCCAUAUGUCCAGUUUCGGUCUGGAGGAGGGGCCAAUAGCCCGUCAGAGGAGGACUCUGAGGGCAACAGGGACAUCUGCAGUGAGAUUCUCCAGAUGAAAGCUCUCGAGAGGCUCACAUCUACGGUACAAAGUGAGUUGGCAGCUGCUCUCGCCCGAAAGACUCGCAAAGCUUUAUCAGAGCAGGACUCUGAGACGACAGAGACGAGCCAACAGGAGCCUCGCACACCCAGUGAAGAGAGCAGCCCGCUGGGCGGGGUGUGUGCGUUGAGGGACGGUGGCGGCAGCGGUGGUGGCGGUGGCGGAGGGAUGGGGACUGUAUGUGGCCGUGAGGAGCUGACCAGCCGCCUGGGGCUGGAGGCCGUUCAGCGGCUGGCCAAGGACGGCUGUCGGCUGCUGCAGAACCACAACUACCGGCUGCCUGACAGGAACCAAGCCGAGGCAGUGGGGAGGGUUUGUCUGAAGGAGAGAGGACGGGACGUGUUGGUGUUGCAGAGAGUGACAUCAUCAGUGACGUCGCCAUCGGACCGGCCCUCACCCACAUCGUCAGGGGGUGGGUCCAGAGAGGAGGAUUGCGACAAGAGGUACGUGGUGGUGUCGGGAACGCCGCUCAAGAUCUUGGAGCACCUACUAAGUGACCUGCGGUUGGAUGACCAAAGAGGGGCGCCAGAGAGCAGGGAGAGUGAAAUGUUGCUGGAUGACUUCCUGCUGACCUACCUGGUGUUCAUGUCCACCCAUGACCUCUGUCAGGCUCUUUUGGGACACUAUAGCAGCGCCCGCUGCAGGGGUCAGGAGGAGGGCAAGGACGCCCUCUUCAGGAAGCGUAAGGUACUGCAGCUGGUGUCCCACUGGAGCAGGCUUUACAAGGACUUCCUCAAGGAAGAGGAGCACGUCAGGAGCUUCAUGAAGACUCUGUACAGGUGUGUUUUAGAAGAUCUGUACGAGUUCCCCACACUGGAGAAAGAUCUGAAGGAGUUCCAGAAACUUCUGCGUCGCAGACACACUGUGGAUGACUGUCCUCCAAACCAAAAGAGCAAACAAAUGUAUCAGCAGUUGAGUUUGAAGGAAAACUGUUUGCAGCUCCGAAGUCCGCAGAUUGAGACUAGAGAGGUUAUCUGUUGCGUGUACGUGAGCUCUGACUCCUACCUGAGCGUCCACACACACCCGUCACUGGAGGCCCAUGAGCUGCUGAGGAUUGUGGGUCUGAAGAUGGACAGAGCAGAGGAAGACAUGGUGCUCGCUGUGGUCUCACACACUGGAGUCGUCUCUGCAGAGCGGAGGGUGUUACAGCCCAGUGACUGUGUGUACUCAGAGUCUCUGACCCCACAGGGAAAGCUUGUGGCCUGUCGCAGGGAUCUCACUGAGAUCUUGCCUCCUUUGACGGACAGCGCUGAGCUAAGCAGGAGGCCUGUGCGACUCUUGGGCAUCAACACCUGGGAUGUGGCAGCUGCUCUCACACACCUGGACUGGAGCCUCUUCAAAUCCAUCCACGAGCAAGAGCUGGUGUACUACACUCUCAGCCGUACUCCUGGUAGCCACACGGCGGCGCUCUCAGUCCUGCUCCAGCGCUGCAACGAGGUCCAGCAGUGGGUCAUGUCCGAGGUGCUCAUGUGUGUGUCUCUCAACAAGAGAGUGCAGCUGCUCAAGAAGUUCAUCAAGAUCGCUGCUCAUUGUAAAGCCCAAAGAAAUUUGAACUCCGCAUUUGCCAUCAUCAUGGGUCUCAACACAGCAGCUGUCAGCCGACUGAACCAAACCUGGGAGAAAUGUCCGGGCAAGUUCAAGAAGCUUUUCUCAGAGUUGGAACUCAUCACGGAUCCAUCUCUGAACCACAAAGCCUACAGAGAGGCCUUCAAGAGGAUGAAACCUCCCAAGAUCCCUUUCAUGCCUCUUCUCCUGAAAGAUAUCACCUUUAUCCAUGAGGGAAAUAAGACCUUCCAUGACAACCUGGUCAACUUUGAGAAGCUGCAUAUGAUCGCAGACACAGUGAGAAUGAUUCGCCACUGCCAAAGCGACCAACCAGGCAACGAGGUAAUCGGGGUCGACAGUGCGGAGGUGAGGGCGAGUGUUAACUACCUGCACAUUAUCGACAAUCAGCAGACUCUUUUUGAACUGUCACACAAACUGGAGCCACGUGCUUAAACACACACACACACACACACACACACACACACACACACACACACACACACACACAUACACUCGGAGACACACAAACACACUGGACACUGGAAUGGAAAUGCUAGCUCUGUGUGACACGAAGGACGCUUUGUACAGCAAAAUGUCACACACUCAAACAUACACUGCAACAAAAUCACACUACCAGCAGUGGUGCCAAGUGGACAAUAAGAUGCCAUGUGUUCAGACCCAACCCACGAAGACACAGAGCUGCACGCUGCCUGUUCUCUAAAGGCUUUAUAGCACUGAACAUGUGCUUGCAAAAAGGAUUUCUAAACUCCAUACACGUUCUGUAAACUGUCUACAGGAAGAGAUUCUGCACAGCAAGACCAAGAUUUGCCAAACUGAGAUAGAGAGUAAAGGAGGCUGUAAUUAGUUUGUACAGUAUCUAUUGGACUGAAUAUGCCCUUGGUUUUGUUCUUGUGAUGAUCCUCUGGUUAUUUAUGAGCCUGUUUAGCAGGGGGAAUGUUCCUUUAUUUCUGUCAAAGUCUCGUCCACCCCCACCCCCACCCCCCCAUCACCCGGAGGCCAACAAGGACUUCAUAUCCUUGUCAUCAUUUCAGUUACAAACACAAAAACAACUGUAGAGGAGUUGGAUGUGUUUUUAACCUGAUGGCUGAAAUCUGCCCCAUCUAUGGUCUCAUAUUAUUUCAUCUGCAUAUCGCAAAUCUGCCUCGUGACGCAUGUAUAUGCAGGGUACAUGCUAUAGUUAUGUAGGUGUAUGAUGUGGAGCUUUUUUUGGUUGUUGUGUUGUAGCAUAUUACGUAACACAAGCAGCAGCCAUUACUGAAGCAGCAACACUUUUUGCACCUACAACUUUUUCCCUUUUGUCACUGAGCCUCUGUCUUUUGACUAACAAUGUGCAGCCUCAGUGAGUGACAAAAGGUGUGACAUUAACAGUGUAUUGUACCUGACAUGUGAAGGAAGCAUUGCGAGAGGUUUUCACUGACUGACUGUGAGGUUUGAAACACUUACAGCUCUCCUGAACGUGCCAGAGUUCAAAAACUGUUGAUGAAUAGUGAACAGUUAUUCCAGUCCUGGAUGACUUUUAGCCAAACACUCCUCGUGCACUCUUCUCUAUGAUGUUUUUGUGUGAAUAGAUAAUGAUUAUUUUACAUUGUAUAUAAUAUGGACCUAUACAUUUUUCAGUGCCAAAUGUCACAUUGAUCCUGCAGCAUAGAUGUACUGUACUGUACUGCUCUUGGUUUGUUUAGGAGUCUUUUUUUUUUUUAAUUACAUAAUUUUUGAUUUCCUUGAAUGAGCCCUGGAAUGAAGUCUGGUCCUUGAUCAUGUAAAGCAGAUCUGACUCCUCGCAGAGAUGCUUUUUGACAUUAUGAUGACUGAUUUCAGGGUGUGUGCGUGCUUGUGUUUGUAUGUGCGUGUGUGUGUGUGUGUGAUGCUAUCCCACUCAUCUUGGGUUGCUAUGGAAACACAGCCCCAUCAUAGUCCCCCCCCCACUUUCUUUUUUAAUCCUUGAGUUGUAUAUGUUAACAGAUAGUCAAAGCACUGCGCCACAGAGCUUUAAGUAAUAGCUUUAUUCCACAGAACCAUGUUCAUGAGGAGAUUUCAUCACUGAUGAUUUGUUCUUACUGACUGAAAAGAUCACUUCAUUCAGAAGUGGUCUUGUGUAAAUUGUCUGAAAACCAACACAGGGUGUGGACAGAAUAAUGGAAGCACGAGGUCACAGACUUCCUCCAUUAUAGUAAGACUGCCUGGUGGGAUUUUUACAGCUUUGGUUCAUCCAUUGAUUAUUUAUCACUUUUACUUUGGUUCUCAUAAUUUUGGCCCUCCAACUACAUGUUGGCAGGGAAAAUGAUCUUUUCUGAAUCCAAUCUGGCAACAUAUUCCUGUUGACACAGCCGUGACAUGUGAAAAGCAUCUGUUUGUUAUUCAAAUCCCUGAGUAACCAGCUCGUCUUGUUAAUACAACUAUGAUUCUGGCUCACUCUCUGAAUCAUUCAGAAACGAUAUAUGAUAUAUAUGAUGAUACAUACAGAUUAAGACAUCCUUCAGAGCCAUGAGCAGUCUUUAUGUUUGGCAGACCUUAUUAGUGUUUGUAUUAUUUUGUCCUUGCCCUGUAUCUGUUCAUGUGGUCACGUCAGUGGUACAUUUCUGUUGAGUAGGAGGAACCAUGCGAGGGUGAGAUUCCUAAAUGUUAUGUAGUGCUGCAUGUCUCGCAUUGUUUAGAUAGUUAUGAAGCAUGGGGGGGUAACGUGCAAUACAGUAGAAAUGUUGUUGCCACAAGUGUUUGUCAUCAUCAUCAUUUCAACACUAAGCCUUUCAGAGCACAGACCAUAAUGAUUCAGUUACAUAAGGGGAAACCUGAAUUUCACAAACUGUCUUAGUGCCAAAAGCAUCUUUAGUUCAUUACAAGAAGAAAUUAAAAGGUGAUCUCUAUGUGAAGACUCACGUUGAACAUAUUUUGUGUGUUUGUAUGUGUUACAAAUAGCUUAGUCAUUGCCUUUGCAUUAAAAACUCUUUCAAAGACAGACUGUAACCCACUGUUGUCACCAACACUUUGUGCAGAUGCUGUGAUACUGAAUGUGGAGCCAGUUAUAGUCAACCAAAUUGAUGAAUUCAAAUUAAAAGAUUAUUUGAGCCAUGUAAGUAUUUGGUAUUAUGGGGAUGUAAAAUCUAAACGAAUUGUAAAGAAGUCUGUUUAUUGUGCAGGAUGUGCUGCUUGAUGUUACACAUGUGAGUCUUGAGAUUGUUCCUUUCCAGUAACAGUUAAUAUUACAUAAGCAAUAUAAAGAAGAUAAAAAUAAUAUUCAAUUCUGAGAGUGGAUUUCUCCUUUAAAGCAAAACUCAAUACCUACUUGCUUAACAGUAGUGGAUGGAAACAUGCAUUCUCUGCACGUUCUCUGGAAGUUUGUUCAAAAUUUACAAUAAAUACUGAUCGAAACAGCUUUUAGAAACAGUUAUGAGAUAACGCUAAACUACAGUUUUAUUGUUUGGCAUUUUUAAUGUAACUGUCCAUUAUAACGCUAUAUUUACCUAAAGUUUGCUAACAUUAGCUACUGGUAUAUACCAGGCAGAGUAAGGCUGUACCAGCAAAAACUCCUCAGUGUACUGAAUUCAGCAACAAUGCGUUUUAUUUCUUGUGAGCUCAGCUUUGUACGAGGAAAAUCGUUAUUUCUUCUCUACAAAGUUAUAGUCGCAUUUUAAAGAUGCUUUUUGUGAAACCAAGUCAGUGAUUCUUUGACUGCGAGAGCCGAUAAAUCAGAGCUGUGGUGUGUUCAUAUUCAGUGUCAUAGAAAGGCCUUGUGGUAGUCAUUUUUACUAUUAACCUGUACACGACACACACAUGCACAGACACAUCUCUGCUCACUGUGUCCAGACAGCAGGGUAAUCGUGCUAUAUUCGUUAUUUAUUGUAAUAUAUUGUUUAUUUAUGUAUUUCAGAGGUGACAAAAUGCCUCAGUUUAUGUGCCAGAGUUUCAACGGUGAGGAAGUGCACACAUGAGAAGGAAAGAUGUUUGUGGUUUGAAGCUGCAAUGCUGGAAUGUAAAAGUACUUGUUAUGUUUUGUGGCCACUUGAGGGCAGCAGACGAGCAAGUCGGUGUGUUGAUGCUCAUCUCUUUCCUCUGGUGUCAGACGCUUAUAUGGAGAGGAAGCCAACAGGCGGCUGUAUUUAGUGUUUUAUUGGCCAUUGUCAUGACUGUGUAAAGUUGUGGUUUUUUAAAGAAAUGUUGUUUAAAUUCUGUUUGCAUGUUAAAUCAGAAAAAAGAAAAAGUUCACAAUGCAAGAGAGGAAACAGUGAAGGCUUUGUACUAUUGUAAUAUUGUUGAUGUGUAAAUAUAUGCCUAUGUUGGUAUGUUGUUAUUUAUCUGUUGUAAAUGCAAAAAAAAAA